AUGGGUUCAGCAGCAGCAGAGGUUUUGUCUGAGAGAAGUAGUAAUAAACUGGUUGGGAUAAGGUUCCUCGAGUAUUUAAAAGGAAGUUCUGUUUCCUUCAAAACCCAUCAAGCGAUUGUUUUGAUUGUAACUUUUUUAGCUUAUGCUAGUUAUCAUGCCACUAGAAAAACCACAAGUAUUGUAAAGAGUGUUCUUGAUCCCCAAUCAUCAUCCAAUCUGGGUUUCAAUUUCUGGCUAGUAACAAAUCACACUCGCUCAACACUUUCUUCCAACCUUGGUGAUGGUUGGGCACCUUUUAAUGGAUCCGACGGGACAUUGCUUCUUGGCCAAUUGGAUGUUGCUUUUCUCGCAGUGUAUGCUUUUGGGAUGUACUUUUCUGGACAUUUUGGUGACAGGUGUAAUUUGAGGAUUUUUUUAACGAUUGGGAUGGUAGGAACUGGUGUUUUCACUUCCCUUUUUGGUUUUGGGUUUUGGGGAAAUAUCCACAAUUUCUAUUAUUAUUUGCUUCUUCAAAUGAUUGCUGGAUUGUUUCAAUCCACUGGAUGGCCAUCCGUAGUUGCUGUUUUGGGUAACUGGUUUGGAAAGAGAAAGAGAGGCUUGAUCAUGGGUAUCUGGAAUGCUCAUACUUCUGUUGGUAACAUUGCUGGUUCUUUGAUUGCUUCUGCUAUGCUAGGAUAUGGAUGGGGGUGGUCUUUUCUUGUGCCAGGAUUAAUCAUGUCUUUCCUCGGUUUCCUGGUUUUUGUCAUAUUGCCUGUUUCGCCUGACUUGGCUGGAGUCCAGGAAGAUGAUUAUACUUGUCCAAAGAAAAGUGGAGAUGGAGAUGAUGUCACAGAAUCUCUCUUAAGGCAAGAGACUCCUGCACAAGAGAAAGAGAAAGCGGUAGGGUUCCUAGAGGCAUGGAAAAUUCCAGGGGUUGCUCCUUUUGCUUUUUGUCUCUUCUUUGCCAAAUUGGUUGCAUAUACCUUUCUCUAUUGGUUACCAUUCUAUGUUAGCCACACAGCUAUUGAUGGAAAAUAUCUAUCCAGUGAGACAUCAGGUUCAUUAUCUACUUUAUUUGAUGUUGGAGGAGUGCUUGGAGGAAUUCUAGCCGGUCACAUUUCUGACCGCUUAAAUGCUAGAGCCAUAACAGCAGCAAGUUUCAUGUACUGUGCAAUCCCCGCACUCUUCUUCUAUCGAACCUAUGGCCACAUUUCAUUGCUUGUAAAUGGAACAUUGAUGUUUCUCACCGGCAUGUUUGUAAACGGGCCUUACGCUCUUAUAACAACAGCAGUUUCGGCUGACCUGGGAACACACAAGUCACUGAAGGGAAAUUCACGCGCUCUAGCAACAGUCACGGCUAUUAUCGAUGGAACUGGUUCUAUAGGGGCUGCAAUUGGACCUUUAUUAACAGGGUACAUCUCGGCAAAAAGCUGGAGUGCAGUUUUCACAAUGCUGAUGGGUUCAGCUUUAAUAGCAGGGCUGUUUCUCACCAAGCUUGUUGUGUCAGAGGUGGCCACAAAGAUUGAAGAGUCAAGGUCUAAUAAAGCGCCGGAGUGUUCACUCGUGUGA